CCGUCGCCAUGAGGACCGACUCCGUCCGGCUCUGAUCUGAACCCGUCGUCGGGUUGGUAUGUUGGAGUUGGAGCACAGCUGUCGGCGAUCCAGCUGUGGAGGCUCCAUCUGCUCGCUGCCUGGAGGAAGCCUGUGUGAGCUGGACCAUGAGUGGAGGUGGAGCCUCCCCUGAGGGCCUCCAGGGUCCGGUCCAGGGUCCCCAUCGGGCAUGGCACCAGUACAGGAAGCUCUGGAGGAGAUCCGACCCCCACCAGGCUCCGGAGCAUCCGCUGGACCGAUACAAGUGGAGAACAUCUGGCCAGUGGGCGCCGAACAAUGAGCAAAUCACAGAGCCGCCUCUCCUGAGGCUGCUCAGCUUACCGAGGUUCAACACCCCCCCAAACCCCAGUGGAGAUCAGUCCGACGAAGACCGGGCCAGGACCGGUUCUCUGCGAAGGAUCAUCCCCUUCUUCCGGUCUCUGUCCGAACCCGGAGCCACCGGCAGCUCCGAGAGGACGACGCUCAGGAAGGCCAGAUCGGAACGUCGAGCGACGGCCGUCAGCAGCUUCAUCAGCUCACUGCAUCGGAGGAUCAGCAGAGUCCUGGAAGGAGAAGCCGAAACCGACAGAGGAGAAUCUGAUGUCAAAGGUCCUCCGGCUCACCGGUUCUCCUGCGGUCAGAGUCCGUACACCGACAGCAGCGCCUGGGAGAGGAAGUUCUGCGUCCUGACCGACAGCCAGCUGAUCCUCCUGAACAAAGACGACGAGGCUACAGGUGAGGUCCAGGAGAGCCCCACUGGCUCCCAGAAAGGCCGGAGCCUCCGUCGGACCGUCAGCGUCCCGUCAGAGGGUCAGUUCCCAGAGUUCCAGGCAGAGGGCGCCGCCGUGCUGGAAGUGUCUUCGGAGCGAUCUCCGAGGAGGAGGAGUAUUUCUGGUUUGGGGAGUUCAGAGAAAAGCGUCGCAGUCGACAAUCCGAACUCGUCUCCUUUCAAAGUGCCGGGGUUUUUCAGUAAACGUCUCAAAGGCUCCAUCAAGAGGACGAAGAGUCAGACCAAACUGGACAGAAACACCAGCUUCAGACUGCCGUCGCUCCGACCUGCUGACGCCGACAGAUCUCGAGGGCUUCCCAAGCUGAAGGAGUCGAGCUCCCAUGAGUCUUUGCUGAGUCCGGGCAGCGCGGUGGAGGCUCUGGACCUGAGCAUGGAGGAGGACGUCUUCAUCAAACCUCUGCACAGCAGCAUCCUGGGGCAGGAGUUCUGCUUCGAGGUGACGUAUUCGGGCGGCAGCAAAUGUUUCAGCUGUACUUCGGCCUCAGAAAGAGACAAAUGGAUGGAAAACCUGAGGAGGACAAUUCAGCCCAACAAGGAUAACUGCCGGCGGGCCGAGAACCUGCUGCGACUGUGGAUCAUCGAAGCCAAAGACCUGCCGCCCAAGAAGAAGUACUUCUGCGAGCUGUGUCUGGACGACAUCCUGUACGCCCGAACUACCAGCAAGACCCGCCACGACAGCCUAUUCUGGGGCGAGUACUUUGACUUCUCCAGCCUGCCCGCCGUGCACAGCAUCACCGUGCACAUCUACCGCGACGUGGACAAGAAGAAGAAGAAGGACAAGAACAACUACGUGGGCCUGGUCAACAUCCCGGUGUCGGGCGUGACUGGCCGGCAGUUCGUGGAGAAGUGGUACCCGGUCAGCACGCCCACCACCAGCAAGGCCAAGGGGGGCGGGCCGUCGAUCCGGAUCAAGUCCCGCUUCCAGACCAUCGCCAUCCUGCCCAUGGAGCAGUACAAGGAGUUCGCCGAGUUCGUCACCAACAACUACACCAUGUUGUGCUCGGUGCUGGAGCCCGUCAUCAGCGUCAAGAACAAGGAGGAGAUGGCCUGUGCCCUGGUCCACAUCCUGCAGAGCACCGGCAGGGCCAAGGACUUCCUGACAGACCUGGUAAUGUCUGAGGUGGAUCGAUGUGCUGACCACGACGUCCUGAUCUUCAGGGAGAACACGUUGGCCACCAAGGCCAUCGAGGAAUAUCUGAAGCUGGUGGGACAGAAAUACCUGCACGACGCACUCGGUGAGUUCAUCAAAGCUCUGUACGAGUCAGACGAGAACUGUGAGGUCGAUCCGAGCCGAUGCCCCAGCAGCGAUCUGGCCGAACACCAGAGCAACCUGAAGAUGUGCUGCGAGCUGGCCUUCUGCAAGAUCAUCAACUCCUACUGCGUCUUUCCUCGUGAGCUGAAGGAGGUUUUCGCGUCGUGGAAGCAGCAGUGCGUCGCUCGCGGCCACCAGCAGGACAUCAGCAAACGUCUGAUCAGCGCCUCCCUGUUCCUGCGCUUCCUCUGCCCGGCCAUCAUGUCGCCAUCGCUCUUCUACCUGAUGCAGGAAUAUCCGGACGACCGAACGUCUCGGACGCUGACGCUCAUCGCCAAAGUAAUCCAGAACCUCGCCAACUUCACCAAGUUCGGCAACAAGGAGGAGUACAUGGCCUUCAUGAACGACUUCCUGGAGCACGAGUGGGCGGGGAUGAUGCGUUUCCUGUCGGAGAUCUCCAACCCGGAGACGCUGUCCAACACGCCGGGCUUCGAGGGCUACAUCGACCUCGGCAGGGAGCUGUCGGUGCUCCACGCUCUGCUGUGGGAGGUCGUCUCCCAGCUGGAUAAGGGUGAAAAUUCCUUCCUGCAGGCCACCGUAGCCAAGCUGGGCCCGCUGCCGAGGAUCCUGGGAGAUAUUUCCCGCUGCCUGGCCGCUCCCACGCCGGUCCAGCAGCAGCUCCGACGCUUCCAGGACCACAGCUCUGCCCACAACAUCAGCGGCAGCCUGUCGUCAGGGUUACAGCGAAUCUUUGAGGACCCCGCCGACAGCCGUUGUGAGGUUCGUAGUCUUCAGUCUCCGGUGGAGCUGAUGGAGGGUUACGUUCGAGGUCAGCGCCCCCUGCUGGCCCAGCAGCAUCCCUCCACCAGGACCAGUUUCUCGGACCAGGAGGACCGAGACGUCCUGCUGCCCAACGGUCGCAGCAUCUCCCUGGUCGACCUGCAGGACGCCCAGAACCUCCACGGACCCGCCGGGCCGCCGCCGCACCACGAGGCUCCGCCCCGCCUCAGCAGAGUGGGCUCCCAGGCCUCCAUUGGUCAGGCCCCACCCCCCGUCACCUACCCCCACUCCAACCCGCUGACGCCCCAGCCGGCGCCCCAUCAGGCCAAAGCUCCGCCCAGAGACGGCCAGCCGCAGAGCGCCCCCCAGGUGAGGCGUCCACUGCAUCCAUCGGUCGGCCAGCAGCGCAGCCUGCAGCCGCUGUCCUUCCAGAACCCCGUCUACCACCUCAGUAACCCUGCCCACAGCCUGUCCACAAGCUCCGCCCACUCGCUGCGGCAGGACUCCAGCUCAGAGAACCUGAGCACCGAGAGUUCUCACAACAGCCACAGCAACUCCGACGACUUUGGCAGCCAAGUGGGGGUCAAAGGUCGGGCUCCGUCCAACAGCAGCCUGGACGAGUCGGGCAGCCGGCGGAGCGAGGACUGCUCCACGCCGCGACGCCACGCGCUGCCGGACCUUCCGCCCGGCGCCGCCACGGCGGUCGCCAUCCCCCGUCAGAGCACGACGGCCGGCACCGCCCACAUCAUCAAGGUGGAGCAGCAGAGCCGAGGGGGCGGAGCCAGAACGCCAAGGUCCCUCCCCCAGAGCACCUCACUACGGAGCAGCAGCAGCGCCAACACAGAGCCCACGCCCACCGUCGCCCUCGGCAACCGGCAGCCGGAGAACGUAGCUCCGUCCCCGAGGAACGUCGCCAAGCAGCCGAUACCGCAGGUGGCGUCUCCGGUAGAGGCGGUGGCGAUGUCACCGGUGGAGAGAACGGCGGCCUGGGUCCUCAACAACGGCCAGUACGAGGAGAAGGAGGAGGAAGGAGGAGAGAGGAGCAGAGAGGAGGGCAGGAACACGGAGAAGUACGAGACAGAGAUCUCUCGGCUGAAGGAACGUCUCCGGGUUUCCGGCCGGCGGUUGGAGGAGUACGAACGGCGGCUGCUGGCUCAGGAGCAGCAGAUGCAGAAGCUGCUGCUGGAGUACAAGAACCGCCUGGAGGACAGCGAGGAGAGACUGAGGAGGCAGCAGGAGGAGAAGGACAGCCAGAUGAAGAGCAUCAUCUGCAGGCUGAUGGCCGUGGAGGAGGAGCUGAAGAGGGACCACGCUGAGAUGCAGGCGGUGAUCGAAGCCAAGCAGAAGAUCAUCGACGCUCAGGUCAGUAACGGAUGUGAAAUAAACCAAUCAGGCAAGUAACUGUAGCCCCGCCCCCUUCCCCUCCACCAGCCACCACGCUGUUUUAUUUAUUUAUUGUUUUCUUAUGGAAGGGGGAAAAAAACACCGGCGACAAGAAGCGCCAACACGCCUCGCACCUGUUGGAGCAGCUCAGGAAAAGUUUUAUUCAGUGAAGAUUCUAGAAAAGAGUUUAGAGAGAAAAGAACAGAAUCAUGAAACAUUUAACAAAAGAAUUAAACUUGCUCUUUUAUUACUUCAUUAAACUAUGGUCAAUUUAGUUUGAUUUUAAAACAAGAAUUUACAAAAAAAAACCCUCAUGAUGCUGCCACCACCGUGCUUCACAUCAUGAUGCCGCCACCACCGUGCUUCACAUAAUGAUGCUGCCACCACCGUGCUUCAUAUGAUGCCGCCACCACCGUGCUUCACAUCAUGAUGCCGCCACCACCGUGCUUCCAUCAUGAUGCCGCCACCACCGUGCUUCCAUCAUGAUGCCGCCACCACCGUGCUUCACAUCAUGAUGCUGCCACCACCGUGCUUCACAUGAUGCUGCCACCACCAUGCUUCCAUCAUGAUGCUGCCACCACCGUGCUUCCAUCAUGAUGCCGCCACCACCGUGCUUCCAUCAUGAUGCUGCCACCACCGUGCUUCCAUCAUGAUGCUGCCACCACCGUGCUUCCAUCAUGAUGCUGCCACCACCGUGCUUCCAUCAUGAUGCUGCCACCACCGUGCUUCCAUCAUGAUGCUGCCAUCUGACUCAUUCGCUGACUUCAGCUCAUCUUAAUUUCACUGUGUGACUUCUGCUGAAUUAAUCAUUUUUAACGGGCUAAAUAUCUUUUUUAUGUUAUGUAUUCUUAAUUAACUGUCAUCAUUUUGUAGAAAUCUGUUUUCACUUCAAUUCUUGUUAAAAAAAAAUCCAACUUAAAUUGACCAUUAAAUGUUGAAGAGCAGUAGACGCUGGAGCUCUCUCCCUGUUGAACUUUAACUCCAGACCAGCAGCUUCUGGCUGCAGGUGUGUCGGCGUGUUGCGCUCUGGUUUUAUUUCUGUUUGGCUGCAGACCUCCCACCUCCUCCUCACCCGCCUCCCCCCAAAACCACCAGAGCUUCCAGUUCACGCUCUUUAAACCCAGACCAGGUUGAAGGAGACGGUCCAGGUGUUUCCAGGUGAAACCCUGCAGCAGAGCUUCACCUUUUCAGUUCCUUUUUAGCUUCUUGGCUGUUGUUUAUAUUUUCGGCUGCAGCCCUCAAACUUCCUGUGGAGAUUUUCUCACGCUUCGCUCGACGUCAGGUCAAAACCACAUCAGGAAGUCCUCAAUGUCUGCAGAAAAACCCUUAAAUGCACCAUUAAAGCCCUUAACUUUGACCCAUUAAGUAAAAAAUGCUCAUAAAUUAAUGCUCACAAUAUUUAGAAUUAAUUUAAUACUUAAAACACAUUCAGCAGUAAUCUCCUGCUCAUUUCUGUGUGAUUUUAACAGUAAUAACAACAUUACAUAACACCUGAACACAUGAAUUUAUCAGAGCAGCUUUAAAGGGUUUAGUUUUUAUAAUAAAUAAUUUACAAUAUUAAACUCUUUCCCUUCAAACUUCUUUAUCAAUUAAAUGAAUCAGUUUGAUGUUUUUAAAAAUGCUUUUUAAGACAAUAAAAACUAUUGAGGUUGAAU